AGCCCGGUCCCUUGCACCAGAUUACAACAAUUUUCAAAUAAAAAAGGAAUCUAUUUAUAUAUACACGCACACAAUUUACGCAGGGACGAUUCGAAACCUAAACCUGUCGCCACAAAAUCCCCCAAAUUCAGAAUCGAUCAGAAACAAAAGCACUCUUCUUUCCCCGCCAUAGCAACAAUCAACUACCAACGGUCCUCUCUCAUGCUAUUCUCUCUCCUCCAAUGGACUCGAUCGUGUCCUCAGCCCUAGAAGAGAUCUGCUCACCGGGCGUCAAUGGACUCACCCUCCAAACCCUCUGGCCGAAGCUCCACUCUUCUCUCUCUUCCCAAGGUCUCAGCCUUUGCAACAACGUGAAGAAGGCCAUAUGGUCCAACCUCCUCAACGUCCCAGGCCUCCAAUUCGAGGCUCGAAGCGUUUCGUACACUUCUCAGGACCCUUCGAUUCAAUCGGUCGAGGAGUCCGAGAAGUUGGGUUUGAAAGUUGUGGCCACCGAGUCUCUCCGCAACAGCUUCCUCGGCGUUUACGAUAUCGAGGCCUCAGAUGCCGGCAUUUCGCAGCCGCAGCGUGACGUGCUCGAGCGCCUCGCCAUUGCAAGAACAAAUGGAAUUACCCAAAGUGAAAUUGCUAAGGAAUUGGGCAUGAAAGGGAACCAUAUAUUCUAUGUAUUAAUGAAUCUUGAAUGCCGAGGGUUGAUUGUGAGGCAGUCAACAAUUGUCAGGACGAAAGAAUCCUGCAACGAAGGGGAGUCAAAAAAUAGUUCCGUUGUGAACACUAAUAUGAUCCACUUAUAUCGUUAUGCAAAGCAUUUGGGUUGUCAACAAAGACUUGAAAUUACCAAGGAGGGUAAAACAUUGGUGGGUGAUGAGAAUGUGGAAGGAAGUGCUGUGGGUGGUGAUGGCAUUGCUGAUGAAUGUGUCAGAGAUGAUGUGCACGUAAAAGAUUAUCUACCAGCACUGAAAGCUGUUUGUGAUAAGCUUGAACAAGCUGAUGGCAAGGUUCUUGUUGUCUCAGAUAUUAAGCGAGACCUUGGUUAUCGAGGAAACUCUGGGCAUAAAUCUUGGAGAAACAUCUGUCACAGGUUGAAAGACGCUCGUGUAGUUGAGGAAUUCUGUGCAAAAGUAAACAAGAAGGAGGUCAGUUGCUUACGUUUGCUAAAGAAGUUUUCUCCAAAAACUUUCGAGCCAAAAUCUCUUGGACGUAGAUAUGAUGAUCUUGAGACAGAACAAUUGGAGAAAUCGGGAAAGAGAGGUCAAUUCACUGACCAACUUGUAGAGCUUCCUAUUGAGCAUCAAGUUUAUGAUAUGAUUGAUGCUGAGGGACCCAAAGGGUUGACAAUUUUCGAGGUAUGCAAGAAACUCGGAAUAAGCAACAAACGGUACUAUAAUCGGCUUCUUAACAUGUUCUCUAGAUGUGGCAUGCAUCUGCAGGCAGAAAGCCACAAUCGGGGUGUCGCCUAUCGUGUUUGGACAUCUGGGAACUUCAAUUCUGAAGCAUCUGUUUUUCCGAGUAAAUCAGAAAAUCCAUCUGAUGAAAAUGGUGCUUGUAAUCCAUGUGUUGGUUACCUAGAUUUUCAUGAGAAAUCAUCUCAAAUCGUUCCAGACCCAGAAUUAGAACUUUCAACUUCCAAAGAUGAUGUUAAAAACACUGGCGAGACUGAAACUAAAGCAAUUGAACCAGAACUUUCUCAAGGCUCCGGGGCAGAUGAACUUCCUAUAGUGAGUGCAUCUACUGUAUCAAAUGUUGCUCCAUUAGAAACACCACCCCUUGCUUUGGCAACAGCCCCAAGAAUUCGAUCAUAUCAGAAGUAUCCAUGUCUUACUUUGGCUGCAGCUAGUGCUCAAAGGGAGCAGCGGAUACUUCAAAUAUUACAGGAAGAGCAGUUUAUCAUAAAAGCUGAGCUACGUCGGCAGCUUGAGAGUUUUGAAAAGGAUAAGCACACAGUGAUGGAUAGGAGGACCCUAGAUCGUACCUUGAAUAAGCUUCAGCAAGAAGGACACUGUAAAUGCAUUGGUGUUAGUGUACCCGUUAUCACAAACUGUGGCCGCAGGCGUACAACGGAUGUGGUUCUUCACCCAUCGAUUCAUUAUGACUCUCCGGAAGUAUUGAGUCAACUUCAUGAUAGAAUGAGGUCUUUUGAAAUGGAAGUCCGUAGCCAAGGGUCAUCUCGAUUGAAGAAGGAUCAAUCGAUUCCUGUAUUGGAGGGUGUGCAGAGAAUUCCAAAAAAUGAAAAAUUGGAUGUCCAAGCGGAGAGAUCAGAAGCCAUGCGUGCCAAUGGAUUUGUACUGGCAAAAAUGGUUCGCACAAAGCUGCUGCAUACCUUUCUAUGGGGUUACCUCAGUAGUUCACCUGGUUGGACAGACGCUUUAACAUCUGGUAAACGCGGGUACGACCUUAAGAAUUCUCACAGCACUUGUGAAUUGUUUGCACUAGAUGCAGCCAUUAAGGCCAUGCCUCUUGAACUGUUCUUGCAAGUUGUGGGGUCCACUCAAAAAUAUGAGGAUAUGAUUGAGAAAUGUAGGAUCGGUUUGCGUCUUUCUGACCUUCCUGAGCAAGAGUACAAGUGUCUAAUGGAUGCUCAAGCAACUUGUCGCCUCUCAUGGAUUAUUGACAUUUUACGUCGUUUGAAGUUGAUUCGGCUGGUAAGUGAUGGACAUUCGGAAGAUGUAUCCAAGGCCCCACAUGCCACUCUUACACAUGCAUUGGAACUUAAGCCUUAUAUUGAGGAACCUGUCUUAAUAUAUGCACCAUCUUCAGAUGUCUUUUCUCUUGAUCUUCGCCCACAAGUCAGACAUGAUUUUAUUCUUUCAAGCAGAAAUGCUGUUGAUGAAUACUGGAACACUUUAGAGUAUUGUUAUGCUGCUGCUGAUUCAAAAUCUGCUUUACAUGCAUUCCCUGGAUCUGCCGUUCAUGAGGUAUUUCUUUUCAAAUCAUGGGCCUCAGCCCGGGUUAUGACAGCAGAUCAGCGUGCCAAGCUCCUCAAGCGUAUAGUGAAUGAUGACCCGACCAAAAAGCUUUCAUUCAAAGAGUGUGAGAAGAUUGCAAAGGAUCUUAAUUUGACAUUAGAGCAGGUACUUCGUGUCUAUUAUGACAAGCGACAGAAGCGUCUUACUAGAUUUCAGGGAGUUUUAAAUGCCGAAGGGGAGGAUUGUCAUCCACAAAAAAGUAGACAUGCUUCAUCUUCACGGAAAAGAAAAAGAUCUUCAGAAGAAAGGUCAUCAAAGCGCGUAAAGGCUGACAGUGUGGAUGCACAUUCAGGCGAGCAGAGGCUUACCAAAUUAUCAAAUACUGAUGGCCAGUUCACAGAACAAAAUCUCUCUUUAACUUCUUUAGAAGAGCAUGACAAUCAUUUACAAACGUAUCGCAAUGAUAGUUUUACAGAAGCUAUGGAAGAGGCAGCAUUAAAUGAUGAAGGCGAGGAGAAUCAUUCUUUUCUUCAUGAAUGUGCCCUUUCAAGGCUGAAGCCAACACGUCAAAAAAGGUUCCCAUGGACAGAAGAAACAGAGAGGAAAUUGGUGAUCGAAUAUGUAAGACACCGUGCUGCUCUUGGGCCGAAAUUUCAUCGCACAGAUUGGCCUUCACUUCCAAAUCUUCCUGCUCCGCCAAAUUACUGUAAAAGAAGAAUGUCAUUAUUAAACCGUAAUUUAAAGUUUAGAAAAUCUAUAAUGAGACUUUGUAACAUGCUUAGCGACCGAUAUGCCAAGUACCUGGUUAAAUCCCAGAACGAAAAUAUUAACAGUGGCGAUCGUGGAGUUAUGGUUUGGGAUUCUUCCUUUGGGCAAGAUUGUAGCAGGAAUUUCUCUAAUUGUGCUGAACAUACUGAGGUGUUGGAUUUCGAGGAACGGUGGGAUGAUUUUAACAGCAUAAAUAUAAAAACAGCCCUUGAUGAGGUUCUCCGAUACAAACAAAUUGCUAAACUGGAGGUCUCUAAAGGAGUCAGAUCUGUAUCCAAGGAAUGGUCAGAUCUACCUAUGGAUGCUGAAAGACAUGAUCCCCAGGGAACUCAUUUGGUUUCAUCACCCACUUCUAUUGAGGAAUUUCAGAACCAUGAUGGAAAGGUUAAAGUUUCUGGUCGAAGAUCAAGGUGUCACCACUUUCCUCGAAAGUAUACCAAGCUUUUAAAUGAAGGGGUUGAUUUUGGCAGACGAGCCUGUGAAUCACUGGCAGUUUCGAAUGCUUCAGAGCUGUUUAAGCUCGUCUUUUUGAGCUCAGCAACAGCUGCAGAGGUGCCAAAUUUGCUAGCUGAAACAUUACGGCGUUAUUCGGAGCGUGAUCUUUUUGCUGCCUUUAAUUACCUUAGAGAGAAGAAAAUUAUGGUUGGUGGUUUUAGCAAUAAUCCUUUUGUACUUUCUCAACAGUUCUUGCAAAGUAUAUCUUCAUCUCCAUUUCCAACAAAUACUGGGAAAAGAGCUGUUAAGUUUGCUAAGUGGCUUUAUGAAAGAGAAAAGGAUCUGAUGGAAGGGGGCGUUGAUCUAACUGCAGAUUUGCAGUGUGGGGAUGUUUUCCAUUUGUGCGCUCUACUUUCUUUAGGAGAUAUCUUAAUUUCACCAUGUUUGCCAGAUGAAGGGGUUGGAGAGGCCGAGGACUCAAGAACCUUGAAACACAAAUUGGAUGACAAUGAAUUCUGCAGCAGCAAUAAGGCUAAGAAAUUGAAAUCUUCCUUGCCUGGGGAAGGUGAGAUUAUUUCUCGCCGUGAAAAAGGUUUCCCUGGUAUUAGAUUAUCCAUAAGUCGUGCUACUAUUUCAAGAAUCGAUGCCAUGGAAAUGUUCAAAGAUGGGGAUUUCCACACCCACACACUUCUUUUUGGUGAAAAUGAUCAAGCCAAUACUAAUUCGAGUCUUAAAAUUAGCAGCAUUCCUUUUAAUUCCGAUCAUAUGAAAGGAAUCCUUAAUGUUGGGGAAACCACUCCUACAGUACUCGCUGCGGGUGAUUCACCAUGGGAAGCUAUGACAAACUAUGCUGAACAUCUGACGUCUUCACCUGGUAAUCUAGAACAUGCAAGUGCUUUCUGUCCUGAGCUCUUUAGGACUGUUUACUCAGCCAUUCAGAAGGCUGGUGACCAAGGUUUGAGCAUGGAAGAAGUUUCCCAGGUCAUGCACACGCAGGGAGAAAAGAAACCAAAACUUAUUGUUGAAGUGCUUGAAGCAUUUGGGCGAGCUUUAAAGGUCAAUGCUUAUGAUUCUGUCCAUGUUGUUGAUUCUUUAUAUCGGUCCAAGUAUUUUUUGACCUCAAUGGCCAGUCCUUGUCAAGAUCUUAAGGUAUCUCCACCAACAAAUUCCAAAGAAAUAAUUAAUGAUGGGGACCUGAACCUUGAGCCAGAGAAGCAUGAAGUUGAUGGCAAUAAUUUACGGAAGGAAACAAGCAUGAAUACCGAUGAGGUGCACAAAGUCACCAUUCUAAAUCUUCCUGAAGAGGCUUCUCAGCCCUCAAGUGAAAUCCAAAGUACCAGCGAGCUCAAAGGCUGUAUGCUGGCCCAACUUAAUUCAUUGGGAGGGGAUCAUGAGGAUGAAACCUUUGAAUUCAAAUCUGUUGAUUCUAAGUUAUGUAGGCCAAUAUUGCCUUGGAUAAAUGGAGACGGUACCAUUAACAAGAUUGUUUACAAGGGACUUGUACGCCGUGUUCUUGGAAUUGUGAUGCAAAAUCCAGGCAUAUUAGAGGAUGAUAUCAUCUGGCAAAUGGAUGUAAUAAAUCCUCAGAGCUGCAGAAAACUGAUGGAGUUGAUGGUUCUGGAUAACCAUAUCAUUGUGCGGAAGAUGCAUCAGGCUACAUCCAAGGAGCCCCCCGCCAUACUCCAGAGUCUUCUUGGGAGCAGCUUCAAAAAAUCGAAGAUGAUUUGCCGAAAGCACUUCUUUGCUAAUCCCACAAGCACUACCUUACUGUAGAGGUUUUUUUCUUCAUGUCCUCUCCUUUUGUUACAGGGACCUCCUUCAGAGCAGGGUGAAUGUUCGUUUUGGUAGAGCCCCAAUGGUUUGUAGUAGGUUAGUGGUGGUUGAAGUGAUGAAGAAGGGUUUAACUGACAUCACUUGUUAAACAUAGAAAUAUGUAUAAUUAUAUUCCUAUCCUACAUAUAUAUAUUUAUAUAUUAAUUUCCUUAGGUUCUACCCUGUUUUUCUGUAUCAUGAAAAAUCAACAGUUGUAUGUUGAACUUCAAUGUAAAAGUUGCUUCAGGGUUUUGAACUUC